UCCUUCUCCCUUUGCUUUGCUUUGCUUUGCCCCUCCUCUGAUCCCCUCCCUCGCUCCCGGAGCGAAUUCACCGGCGACCUCGCCCGCCCGCGCCUCCCCCGCCGCCACCGGCGCCGACGAAGCCCGAUCUGACCCCAUCAGCUGUAGAAAUCCUCGAUAAGCCCGAUGGCUACGGUGGACCAGUCUCUGUACCCGAUCGCCGUGCUGAUAGAUGAGCUCAAGAACGAGGAGAUCCCGCUGCGUCUCAACUCCAUCAGAAAGCUCUCCACGAUCGCGAGGGCGCUCGGGGAGGAAAGGACCAGGAAGGAGCUGAUCCCUUUCCUCAGCGAGAACAACGAUGACGAGGACGAGGUGCUUCAGGCGAUGGCUGAGGAGCUGGGCGUGUUUGUUCCUUAUGUUGGGGGUGUAGAACAUGCUCAUGUUCUGCUUCCACCGUUGGAGACGUUGGCUACGGUGGAGGAAACUUGUGUCCGAGACAAAGCGGUCGAGUCGCUGUGCCGUAUCGGUGCGCAGAUGAAGGAGAAGGACGUCGUUGACUAUUUCGUUCCAGUUGUGACGAGGCUAGCAUCUGGGGAGUGGUUUACGGCUAGAGUAUCAUCCUGUGGUCUUUUCCAUAUAGCCUAUCCAAGUGCCGCCGACCAGUUGAAAUCAGAGCUGAGAAUCGUUUAUGGCCAUUUAUGCCAAGAUGACAUGCCUAUGGUCAGAAGGGCAGCAGCAUCAAAUCUUGGGAAGUUUGCUGCCACAGUUGAACAGAGCCAUUUAAAGAAGGAAAUCGUCUCGAUAUUUGAUAAUUUAACCCAAGAUGAUCAAGAUUCAGUACGUUUGUUGGCAGUUGAAGGCUGUGCCGCCCUCGGGAAGUUGUUGGAACCCCAAGAUUGUGUUGCACAUAUACUUCCGGUCAUUGUCAAUUUCUCCCAGGAUAAGUCUUGGCGUGUCCGUUAUAUGGUUGCCAAUCAAUUGUACGAACUCUGCGAGGCUGCUGGCCCUGAGCCUACAAGAGCGGACCUGGUGCCUGCAUAUGUUCGCCUUCUUCGUGAUAAUGAGGCUGAAGUACGGAUCGCAGCUGCUGGAAAAGUUACUAAGUUCUGCAGGAUAUUAAGCCCGCAAGUUGCGAUUCAGCAUAUCCUACCGUGUGUUAAGGAGUUAUCAUCAGAUUCGUCUCAGCAUGUUCGCUCAGCUUUGGCUUCAGUCAUUAUGGGAAUGGCCCCUGUUUUGGGGAAGGAUGCAACCAUUGAGCAACUUCUUCCUAUUUUUCUUUCUUUGCUCAAGGAUGAAUUUCCUGAUGUUCGACUCAACAUAAUCAGCAAACUUGAUGAAGUGAAUCAGGUCAUCGGAAUUGACUUGCUGUCACAAUCUUUAUUGCCAGCCAUUGUAGAACUAGCAGAGGAUAGACACUGGAGGGUCCGGCUUGCAAUAAUCGAGUACAUCCCUCUGUUGGCCAGGCAGUUAGGUGUUGGAUUUUUUGAUGACAAGCUAGGAGCACUUUGCAUGCAAUGGUUGGAGGAUAAGGUGUACUCGAUUAGAGAAGCUGCCGCGAACAACUUGAAGCGCCUGGCGGAGGAGUUUGGUCCUGAGUGGGCAAUGCAGCAUAUAAUUCCUCAGGUGCUGGAGAAGAUAAACAACCCGCAUUACCUGUACCGCAUGACCAUUCUGCAAGCCAUCUCAUUGCUAGCCCCUGUCAUGGGCCCAGAGAUAACAUGCCAAACGCUGCUCCCCGUCGUCGUUAAUUCCUCAAAGGACAGGGUGCCCAACAUCAAGUUCAACGUGGCCAAGGUCCUGCAGUCGCUCGUACCGAUCCUCGAUCAGUCCUUGGCUGAGAAGACUUUGAAGCCCUGCCUGGUGGAGCUCAGCGAGGACCCUGACGUGGACGUGAGGUACUACGCGAAGCAGGCCCUCCAGGCGUGCGAUCAGAUCAUGGUGUCGAGCUAACUAGCUAGAUGAUCUCUGUCCAGUUUUGGGGUACGUGUAGUGGAACCGACCUAGGUUUGUUUCCUUGUCGAUAAUGGACGGUUCCGUUCCCCCUUUUCUCGGUGUUGUUAUUGUUGUAAUUGAUCAUGCGACAGAACGUGACGCUAGCCUCGUUCUUAUGACCCUUGCGCAACAUGAGGAAUGUGUAUGUUUUCAAUA